CUCCGCAGGACAGCUAGCAGCGCUUCCUCCUGGGAUUCAGUCAUUUAAAGAUUGAGACCAAGAUUGAAAGCAUGGCUGACCUCAAGCAGCUCAUGGACAACGAGGUGUUGAUGGCCUUUACCUCCUAUGCAACGAUCAUUCUUGCCAAGAUGAUGUUCCUGAGCUCCGCGACUGCAUUCCAGAGGCUAACCAACAAGGUUUUUGCCAACCCGGAAGACUGUGCUGGCUUCGGCAAGGGGGAGAAUGCCAAGAAGUUCCUUCGGACUGACGAGAAGGUGGAACGCGUGCGAAGAGCCCACCUGAACGACCUUGAAAACAUCGUUCCCUUUCUCGGUAUCGGCCUCCUGUACUCCCUGAGCGGACCGGAUCUCUCUACAGCCCUCAUUCACUUCAGAAUCUUUGUGGGCGCUCGGAUCUACCACACCAUUGCUUACUUGACUCCCCUUCCUCAGCCAAACAGGGGCUUGGCAUUUUUUGUUGGCUACGGAGUUACUUUGUCAAUGGCUUACAGGCUGCUCAGGAGCAGACUGUACUUGUAAAGAGAUUUGUGACCGUCACCCUCUGAUUGAUUUAAAAAAAUAAAGGAUUCUAUAUUUCUAGUGUAUUAAAAAACUUUCUAAGGUUUUAUGUAUGAAAGGAGCAGAGAAAUCAGGAAUCAGGGAAAAUUCUGUUUGAAGACUACCAUCCACAGGCUCUACCCUUUUGUACCUGGGUUAGACAUUUAACAUGACCGGCCUUAGCUAUGCUGUCUAACUCCUAAAGUACUUUGUCCUAAGUCUUGAGUGCCUUAUAAAUUGUAACAUUCCUUCUACAUUUCCUGUGGUGCAUCUAUAAAAGAGUGCUCACACCUGUGUGAAGCCUGGGUUUCAUUGGCACCUGAAUUAAAAACAUUACAAAUGAA